AUGGCGUCCGACGACCCGCACGAAGAUAAUGGCAACCCUACGCUCAUCGAGAGCAUGAGCAAGUACUUCGCCACCGGCGAGUUCAGUGACAUGAAGAUCAAAUGCGGCAACACGGUUCAUGCAGUUCACCGCACCAUCGUCUGUGGUCAGAGCUCCUUCUUUGCCAACGCUAUGAAGCAGGAGCAUGGCUUCAAGGAGGCCCAGACCAACACCGUUGAGCUCAACCACGACCAUCCUGCAACGAUAAAUGCCAUGCUCGAGUACAUGUACCUCGGAAAUUACUCUGACCUGGCUUUUGGCCGCAAGCCAGAGGAGCGCAUCUCGCUUCACAUCGACGUCUACGCAAUUGCCGACAAAUAUGGAGUCGGCGGCCUUCGAAAGCAUGCCGCGGACAAUAUCAAGCCUCUAUUUGGUCUGGAUGAAGUCCCACCUAAGGCGCUGGCCCAGAUCAUCGGUAAUGCUUACGAGAUGACUCCGGAGAACGACCAACUCCUUCGCCCACUCCUCCUCAAGGAAGUGUUCGACAAGAGGUCCGAACUGAGUUGUGACUUAGAGUUUUUUACCAUGAUGGAGAGCGUGCACGGAUUCAGUGCGAAGUUCAUCAAGAUGGUAGUGGAAAAGGACUCUGAGACUGGCGAGUGGGGCGACAUCACGGUCAAAUACGGCGAUAUCACCCGCACCCUGCACAGCGCCAUCGUUUGCAGCCAGAGCCCUUUCUUCGCGGACGCCGUGACGAAAGCCGUGACGGAAGCACAGCCAGACACCGUGAUCGAGAUCAACGGAUGGAAUCAAUGGACUGUCAACACCGUGAUCCAGUACAUGUACUUCCUCGAUGAUUUUGAGUUCGUUUUCCACGAGGAUGGGGACUGGAGAGAUCUUGUUGAAUACGCCGUCGACAUCUGCGGCGUUGCCACCCAGUUCGGCCUCGACGAGCUUACUGAGUUCGCUGUGCGCGAAGUCGAGCAUUACUUGGGGGAUUGGUGGGAGUGGUGGGAUCAUUCGUCAGAGGGGUUGGCCAGAGUCAUCUGUGACAUUUAUGAACGCGACGAGUUCCUUCGCCCCCUUCGCCCCGUGGUGUUGAGGAUCGUCUCGAGGGAUUUCGACAAGCUCGUCGGCAACAGGGGCUUCUUGGCCGCGAUGAGGAGCGUGCAGAACUUGGAUCCUAAGCUGCGAGAAGUGGUUGAAUCUUUGGCGGAGGCCGGUCAACCACGUCGGACUCGUCAUGCACGUAAAAAGAGGAGGCGUCUCUGA